AUGUGCAUCUUUCAUAUCUCACACUACAGAUGUGGCCAUGAUAUCAAGAAGCUGGUACACGAGUGCGAUAAGUACCUUGGGAAGAAGGCCGAAGCUGGCAACUUGCUUUGCAAGGUCUUGUCCUUCACUCGCCCGAAAACAUGCGGCGGAAGGAACGUAAUGCUCGAGGAAGAUAUUAUGAGUGCAUGUGGUGCCGCAUGUGCCAGAAAGCUCCACGAGAACAUGAAGAGACAUCAGAGGGAGCUGAAAAGAAAGGACAAGGAGCUAGAGAAGCGGGAGAAGGACAGGCUGGGGAGGGCCCAGGCCGUCGCUCGCGAGUAUAGACAGCAUAAGCAGAAGGAGGAGGAGGCGUUGCGGCGACAGAAGGAGGAGAGGGAACAAAAAGAGAGGAGGGAGAGAGAGAAAGAGAGGACUGGACGUCAGAGACAGGGAGCGCAGAGCAAGCCAAAUCUGCCUUUCGGUUCGGGUACUAGCCGCAGCGGCAGUUCGGUUUCGCGGAGCAACGCGCGGCAUGUCGGACGGCAUCAGGAGGGAACUCUUGACGAUCCCAGGGUUCAGGGACCUCCUACUCAGGCUGUUGCUGCCCAGGCCGUUGCUGCCCAGAAGCCAGCCAUGGUUCAAAGUCGUCCGACCCAAGGCCAACCAAGCACUGCACGCUCGCCAGGAAAGCCAGAGACAAGUCCGCGGCCUUCCGUUCCAGCGAACACCGAGUUCAGACCGCCGGUCCCGCCGAAAGACCACAGGCGACCGGUUCUGCCAAAGGACACCUGGCAACCUCAGCACCCGAACUUGGUUCCCGCCCCUCUUUCCCUCCGGGCCAAGCCACCAGCCAGGGCUGCAAGGGUACCAGCUCAACAGCCGCCUCCUCGUGGGCAGUUGAACGGAAUCAGGAGGGAUUUACUGGAGCUCGACGACCGCCUCAGUGCCCCCAAGAGGACAGUUCCCAAGAGAAAGCCUGUGCCGGUGAGUGCUAUAAAGCCGGAGAAGAAGAGAAACCCUUGGUUCAAGCGGCUCGUCGGCGCCCCGUCUUCGGACACGGUCGAUUCGGUUGAAUGGGUCUCGGCGGAUGCAGCCCGCGUCGAGAGGGAAACGAGGUUUGAUGACAAAGUUUAA